CUCCCCUCUUGUCAGCUCUUUUACUGCCCAAACUUGCUUUCAAAAAUAGUUUCAGGGAAUUUUUGCUGCACAGAAGCUCCAGAAGAAUCUCCAAUCUGAUUGCAGCCCAUGAGUUCAGCCUGUUUAGACCGAGUGGAUCCCUCAAGCAUAGAAAGUGGAGGCUUUUAGGAUCUUGGGGUCCUUUUUCGGCAAUUUAUCCACAGGCCGCUUUCUUACACGUCUACAGAAUUUCUGUGGGACAGAGCCGUCAAAAGGCGAAAUGAGCUUGCUGUGCCUCGUCUUUACCCUGAGCCUUUUAGGGGUCCGCGGCUUGGGAGACCCGGGUCCUUUGGAGGACGUGGUGAUUGACAGAUACUACAUCCCCAAAGUGUGCUUGAGAGAAGUCCAGAUGGGCGACUUCGUCCGUUACCAUUACAACGGGACCUUCCAGGACGGAACCAAGUUUGACUCCAGCUAUGACCGAGGUGCCACUGUGGCAGGCGUUGCAGGCGUGGGACGACUCAUCACUGGCAUGGACAGAGGCCUGCAGGGCAUGUGUGUGAAUGAAAGGAGGCAUCUUAUCGUGCCGCCUCAUCUGGGCUAUGGCAGCAUCGGUGUCGCUGGUCUGAUUCCCCCAGACACCACCCUCUAUUUUGACGUCAUAAUGCUUGAUAUUUGGAACAAGGAAGACAAGCUGCAAAUCACUACCUUGUACAAGCCAGAGCGUUGCAACCGCACCGUGGAGAAUUCAGAUUUUGUGCGUUACCACUACAAUGGUACCCUUCUGGACGGCACCCCUUUUGACUCCAGCUAUGGAAAAGGCAGCACGUACGACACAUACGUGGGUUCAGGCUGGCUCAUCAAAGGCAUGGACGAAGGCCUCGUAGGCAUGUGUGCUGGAGAGAAGAGGAGAAUAAUCAUCCCCCCGUUCCUGGCUUAUGGAGAAAAAGGCUAUGGGACUGUCAUCCCUCCUCAAGCCUCUUUGGUUUUUGAUGUCUUUCUGGUGGAUCUACACAACCCUAAAGAUGGCAUUUUCCUGGAACAUUUGGAAGUGCCCGAGGUAUGCAAGCGCAAGGCUGUGACGGGGGAUUUUCUGCGCUACCAUUAUAAUGGCACCUUGCUGGAUGGGACCCUCUUUGAUUCCAGUUACUCGCGGAAUCACACGUACGACACCUAUAUUGGAAAAGGCUACAUUAUCCCAGGGAUGGACCAAGGUCUGCAGGGUGUUUGCAUUGGCGAAAAGAGAAGAAUCAUCAUCCCGCCACAUUUGGCAUAUGGAGAAAAUGGGGCAGGGGAGAAGAUCCCGGGUUCAGCUGUCCUCAUUUUUGAUGUCCACGUCAUCGAUUUCCACAACCCCACAGACCUGGUGGAGAUAGAAACAGUCUACCGGCCGACAGACUGUAAUGUCACUACUCAAAACAGAGAUUUCAUCCGCUAUCACUACAACUGCACUCUCCUGGACGGCAGCCGGCUCUUCUCCUCCCAUGACUAUGAACAUCCUCAAGAGACCACACUUGGUGCCAACAAGAUAAUUGAAGGCCUCCGCAUUGGUCUCCUCGACAUGUGUUUGGGAGAGAAACGGAUCGUCAUCGUCCCUCCGCAUUUGGGACACGGUGAAAGUGGUGCUCGAGGUGUACCUGGCAGUUCUGUUCUCCGAUUUGAGAUCGAGCUUAUGUACCUGGAGGCUGGCGUUCCUGAAGGAUACCUCUUCAUCUGGCAUGGCGAGCCACCUGAGAACUUGUUUGAAGCAAUGGAUCUCAACAAGGAUGGUGAGGUCCCACUUGAAGAGUUCUCAGCAUUCAUCGAGUCCCAGAGGGCAGAGGGCAAAGGUCGUCUCAUGCCAGGUUCUGAGCCAGAAAAAGUAAUCACCGACAUGUUCCAAAACCAAGACAGGAAUAAGGAUGGGAAGAUCACAGCAGAUGAACUGAAGUUGAAGUCAGAUGAAGAGCAAGCUCCAGCCCACGAAGAACUUUAAAAGAGGAAACUUUGGGGUUUAGCUGCCGUAGGUUAUCAGGUUGUUCCCACAAGAGAUGAUGGCAUGUUUUGCAUUUCUUUAACAUUUUUUGAGAACUGUUGAAUCGUGAUCUAGUCUGAACAAACUAAAACCAGGAAGUUUGCUCAGCCAUGGGAGAUUUCUUGAUCCCCCAGCUAAAUACCCCACCCUUUCCAGUCAAAUCCUCAAGUGUGUGUCUACAGCAGAUUUUCCUCAGCAAAAACUGUGAUGUCAGCUCAUUUUUUAUUUUACCAGAUCCAGGAAUUGUAUCUGGGGUGCUGCAGGCACUCGUGAUGCAGUCGAUGAAGCCACAUUCUACGGCAGGGCAACCCAAACCGGGUGAUUAGAACCAAAUGUGCCAUUUCAGUCAUCUUUGCUUUACUUAUUCCGCUUCCAAGUUAGUAAAGAAUUGAAGAUGUUGUACAUGGGGUGAAGGAUGCAAGGAAUGGAAGGUGCAUAGGGUUGCUAUUCUACUCCCAUCUUUCUUUAAACCAAGCAGGAUUUCGUGCCCUUAAAGACCUGCGUAACAUGAAAAAAAAAUCAAACAGAUCCAGCAUUUUCUUAAUUACUGAAUCUCCGCAACAGGAAGCCUGCACCUCUUGCAUGUGUGCUGCUUAGGCAACUGGAAAAGGUACAAGAGUCUUGUCCGCAAAAAAAGAAAAAAAGGGGGGGGAGGGGGGAAAACGCAAGCGGAUGUUAAGUGGGCAGGAUACAGCUGCCCUAAAAGAGGGCUGCAGAAUUUUGUUAGGCAGAAAUUGCUACUCCCUGCCACCGAAAUUCUGGUCAUCCCGGUCUUGAGGAUUCCGGUCAUUGCUGCCUGCUGGAUUUUUCUUUGCACCCAGAUUUCGAUGGUUUGUUUUUUAAAUGAAAAAUGCUAUUAAAUACCUGAUUCUGUUCAGGCUGAAUUCUA